CGCAUCUUGUCAACGUCAACCAUGGGCAAAUCACUCUCCAUCGCCAGUGUCUCCAGGCUCUCGGACGACAGUUCCCCUCCCACCGAGGACGGGACGGUCCUUGAAAUUCCCCAGACCAAACGUGGUCUCUCUUCACGCCAUGUCCAGCUGAUGGCCAUCGGGGGUUCAAUCGGAACCGGCUUGUUCGUGGGAAUUGGCUCCUACCUGCGCGAUGCAGGCCCUCUAUCCCUCUUCCUGGGGUAUCUCUGCUAUGGCAUCCUGUUCAUCUGGCCCACCAACCUCUGUGUGGGAGAAAUGUGCGCCUACCUACCCAUCCGAGGGUCAAUCUUCGAGCUCGCAGCACGCUAUAUCGACCCAGCUUUCGGAUUCGCCAUGGGCUGGGUAUACUUCUACGGCGGUCUCAUGCUUCUCUGCACCGAAUACGCCGCCGUGGCCACCGUCAUGCAAUACUGGAACACAUCCAUCAACCCUGCCGUCUGGGUCGCCAUGGCCAUGAUCGUCUGCUUCCUCCUCAACAUCAUCGCCGUCAAAUACUACGGCGAAACCGAAUUCAUCAUGGCCUCCACCAAAAUCCUUCUCCUCAUCGGCCUCGUCCUCCUCACCUUCAUCACCAUGCUUGGAGAUAAUCCCCACCACGACACCUACGGCUUCCGCAACUGGACCCACGGCCUCAUGUUCGAAUACUACACCACCGGCACCACCGGCCGCUUCCUGGGCUGGUUCUCCGUCGUCAUCUACGCCGCCUUCUCCGUCGCCGGCCCUGACCUCCCUGCCCUCGCCGCCGCCGAGAUCGAAAACCCCCGCUUCACCAUCCCCCGCGUCGUCAAAAUGACCUUCUACCGCAUCGUCGGCUUCUACGUCAUCGGCGUCCUCGCCGUAAGCAUCAUCUGCUCCCCCACCGACCCCCGUCUUCUCGACGCCCUCGACCCCUCCGCCACCGUCGCCGGUUCCGCCGCCUCCCCAUGGGUCAUCGGCAUCGAAAACCUCGGCAUCCACGGCCUCCCAGGCUUCAUCAACUUCCUGAUCCUCCUCGCCGGCUGGUCCUGCGGUAACGCCUAUCUCUACAGCGCCAGUCGAACCCUCUACUCCCUAGCCCGCCACAACCAAGCCCCGUCCUUCCUCCUCAAAUGCACUGCCUCCGGCGUCCCCAUCUCCUGCGUCAUCACCGUCUCCCUCCUCUCCUGCAUCACCUUCCUAGUCGCUGACACUUCCGCAAUCACCGUCUUCUACUGGUUCGUCGAUCUCACCACCACUGCCUUCAUCCUAACCUACACCGCCAUGGUCUGUGUCUUCCUAGCCUGGUACCGUGCCCUAAAAGCCCAGGGGAUCGACCGAAAGAAUUUUCUCCCUUGGGCAUCACCCUGUCAGCCCUACGCUGCUAUCUUAGCCUUGAUUAUCGGCUCCACUGUCACUCUCUUCAAUGGAUUCACGGUAUUUUCCCCUUUCAGUGUACAGGGUUUCAUUACAUCAUACUUUGGGAUCGCGUUCUGGGUCGUCAUGUUCCUCUUUUGGAAAGUAUGGCAUAAGACGAAGUGGGUUGAUCCAGCCAAGGCGGAUAUCUUUUCUGGGAAAGCGGAGGUUGAUGCCGAGUGUCGGGUCUGGGAGGGUGGGGGAUUCUUGGAGAGAAGGAGGAUGGAGUUGGCGGGGAUGCAUUGGACAAGACGGUUGUGGGAAAGGAUGUGGUGA